UCAUAUUGUCCGAGAACACUGAACUCCCUGAGAAAAAGUCACGAAGCAGGUUGAAGCUCUCGUUGACAUAGACGUCUCAGAGAAAGUAGGGUCUCCCAAGUUCUGCAAGAAGGGCGUGCUGUUCGGUGUUUCUAAGUACUUAAGCACUUAGCAACAGUCAACUGAAGUUUCAGCCUCAUCAUGGGUCUGCAAAGAUGGAGAUUGCUGUGUGCUUUUGCUGUGAUUUCCCUCUUCCAUGGCAUUUGCAACUCGGAGGAAGCUCCGGAUUACACGUUCCUUCACGAUGCGGUAUCGGCUCCCUCGGUUUCAUUCCAUGACUACAUUAUCAUCGGUGGAGGAACCUCUGGCUGCCCGCUAGCUGCCACGCUCUCCCAGGGAGCCACGGUUUUGGUCCUAGAAAGAGGGGGCUCCCCCUACGGCAACCGCAACAUCGAGAACAUGGCCAAUUUCGCCGCAAAUCUCGCGGACACUGGCCCGAAUUCGCCAUCCCAGCAAUUUGUGUCCGAGGAUGGCGUGCUCAACACGCGGGCAAGGGUCCUCGGUGGGGGGAGCGCGCUGAACGCCGGCUUCUAUACACGUGCAGGCAAGGACUAUGUGAAGGAGGCUGGCUGGGACGAGAAGCUGGUGGAGGAAUCGUAUGAGUGGGUGGAGAGGAAGGUGGCAUUCGAGCCACCGGUGCUGGGGUGGCAGUCAGCAGUGAGGGACGGGCUGAUUGAAGCCGGGGUGACGCCGGACAAUGGCUUUACGUACGAACAUCUGCUUGGUACAAAAAUUGGAGGCACCAUCUUUGACAGGAGCGGGCAUAGGCACACGGCGGCUAAUUUGCUGGAAUAUGCUCAGCCCAACAAUACCGUUGUCUACUUAUUUGCCAUUGUCCACAAGAUCUUGCUCAGUACGGUCGGGGAGAGAAGGCCAAGAGCAUAUGGAGUGAUCUUUGAAGAUAAAGCGGGACGAAUGCACGGGGCCUACUUGAGGAAGAAGGCAGGGAAUGAGAUCAUAGUGUCGGCAGGAGCGAUGGGAAGCCCGCAGGUGCUGAUGCUCAGCGGGAUUGGGCCGAUGCAACAUCUGAAGAACCACGGAAUCAAGGUCUUGCUGGACCAGCCGAUGGUCGGACAAGGGAUGGCCGAUAAUCCAAUGAAUGCCCUCUUUGUCCCCUCUCGCAGACCCGUUGAGGUAUCGCUCAUCCAAGUGGUGGGGAUCACUCGCUUCGGAAGCUACAUCGAGACCUCCAGUGGAUCUGGCUUUGGCUAUCAGACAGGGCGACCACGAACGAUGCCACCGCCGGUGAGUGGCUUCGUGAACACGUCUCUGCAAGGUGGAUUCAUCCUUGAGAAGAUAAAGGGUCCGAUCUCCAAAGGCCAUCUUGAGCUGCGAACAACCAACCCCAAGGACAAUCCCUCCGUCACCUUCAACUACUUCAAAGAACCUGAGGACUUGAGGAGGUGCGUCCAGGGCAUGAAGACCAUCAUCGACGUCCUCAACUCUCAAGCAAUGUCCAGCUUCCGCUAUGACGACAUACCUGUGGCGACUCUCAUUAGCAUGAUGGUGGGGUCACCCGUGAAUCUGAGGCCCCGCCACCUAACCGCCGCCAUCUCACUGGAACAGUUCUGUAUCGACACCGUGAUGACCAUUUGGCAUUAUCACGGAGGGUGUCAAGUUGGACGUGUGGUCGAUCGCGACUACAAGGUGAUCGGUGUGGAUGGUUUGAGAGUUGUUGAUGGUUCCACGUUCAACGCCUCUCCUGGGACAAAUCCUCAAGCCACUGUUAUGAUGCUCGGAAGAUAUAUGGGACAAAAGAUAUUGCAGGGGAGAGCUUCCAACGGGGUGAAAACCGUGUAAUAGAAUCGUGUCCAAUGCUGUUAACUCUUUCCUGAGACGACAUAAAAGUGACUUUGUGGAAGCAUAACUUAUGUACAUGUAUUUAGGGCUCCGAGAAGUCGUGUUCGAUCUGAGUCGUCCUUCAUACGAUGUUCAUAGGAAUAGAACAUCGAGCAAAUAAAAGACAGGACCUCUUCUUCUAGAGUUCCAA